GUACAUCAUGACAAGCGGACGGACUAUGGAAUCCACCAAGGAGUUCUUUCUGAAGCAUCGCUAUUUUGGCCUGAAGAAGGAGAACGUCAUCUUCUUCCAGCAGGGCAUGCUGCCUGCCCUGGGAUUUGAUGGGAAAAUCCUGCUGGAGGAGAAGGGCAAGAUUGCUAUGGCACCAGAUGGCAAUGGGGGCCUGUACCGGGCCCUGGGGGCACACGGCAUUGUGGAUGACAUGGAGCGGAGGGGUGUGCAGAGUGUCCACGUCUACUGUGUGGACAAUAUCCUGGUGAAGGUGGCUGACCCUAGGUUCAUCGGGUUCUGCUUAGAGAAGGGAGCAGACUGCGGGGCCAAGGUGGUGGAGAAGACCAACCCCACGGAGCCGGUCGGCGUGGUGUGCCGAGUCGAUGGUGUCUACCAGGUGGUGGAAUACAGCGAGAUCUCCCUGGCCACUGCCCAGAAACGGGGCCCAGACGGGCGGCUGCUCUUCAACGCGGGCAACAUUGCCAAUCACUACUUCAGCACCACCUUCCUGAAAGAUGUAGUCAACACUUACGAGCCACAGCUGCAGCACCAUGUAGCUGAGAAGAAGAUCCCACAUGUGGACAUCGCUACAGGGCAGCUGAUCCAACCUGAGAAGCCCAAUGGGAUUAAGAUGGAAAAGUUCGUCUUUGACAUCUUCCAGUUUUCCAAGAAGUUUGUGGUGUACGAGGUGCUGCGUGAGGAUGAGUUUUCUCCCCUGAAGAACGCGGACAGCCAGAAUGGCAAGGACAACCCCACCACAGCCCGGCACGCCUUGAUGUCCCUGCACCACUGCUGGGUUCUCAACGCGGGGGGGCACUUUGUGGAUGAAAACGGCACACGUAUCCCUGCCAUCCCUCGCGUCACAAACGGAAGGUCAGAUGCCGCCCCAGCAGAUGUCAAUGACAACUUGAAGGAUGCAAAUGACCUGCCAAUCCAGUGUGAAAUUUCUCCCCUUGUCUCCUACGGAGGAGAAGGUCUGGAAAAGUACGUGAAGGACCGAGAGUUUCGCGCACCUUUGAUUAUAGAUGAAGACGGGAUCCACGAGCUGGUGAAGAACGGGAUGUAGCGGCGGCGUGGUGCCGAAGCUAGGCUGCCCAUCCCACCUGCCAGGCUGGGGAUUCGGACACAUGAAGGUUUAUAGCUGUAACUGUCAGGGGCUGAUCCUGCUCACUCUGGCGCUGUGCAGAGGAGGAUGUCACCCACUCAGUUCUUGGCAUGUUAUACGCCUCUAUUUAUAUUUUAAUUUAAAACCCAAACACUUUAUGGAUUCCUCUGCCACAAAGCACAGCUAUGGUGCUGCUCUUUGCACUCCAGGCUGUGGGCAUUUAUUUUUAAACAUGUAUAUAGUAAUAGUCAUUGUACAUGCAGAAGAUUUUUAUGGUACGGGGCUGGGAUUAAUCUUGAAUUUUUAUUUUUC